AUGACGCGACGACGAACUAAACCAGCUACGAAACGGCAUCGGAGAGGAGCGAGUGCAUCGUCCAAAAAGAUAGCUGAAAUCAACGAUGCCUUGAAGGAGAACGACAUUGCAGCACUAAGACAUCUCGGUCGUACGAUGGGUGGUUUUCUCAAUGACAGCAUCCGAAGAAAAGCUUGGCGAGCGUUGCUUGGAUACGAGAACAGGCAACAGAACCUCCAUGACAAACACAAGGAUGAAUCUCAAGUUGCAUUGGAUGUUGCACGGUCAUUCAACACGUUCCCAAAGGAUCUCAAGCCAAAGACCAAAAAUCAGCUGCGAAGUAAACUACAAUCGGUUAUCUUGCAUGUGUUACGUGCAUAUCCCAAGUUGCACUAUUACCAGGGAUUCCAUGAUAUCGCCUCUGUCUUUGCAUUGGUCUUUAACGAAAAGGAUGCUGGCAUUCUGAUGGAACAUGUGGCCCUCUUUUUUCACAGAUGCGAUCACAUCACUGGAGCUGGUGUUUUACCUUAUUAUUGCUUGAGUUGGGUGAUUACAUGGCUCAGCCACGACUUGGAUGAUGUCAACAAGAUUUUACGCCUCUUUGAUCUUUUCCUUUGCUCGAAUCCAUUGAUGCCAUUGUAUCUUUCAGCUGCCUUGGUGCUCUCUCGACGAAAACAGGUGUUGAUGGAGGAAUGUGAUCCAAGCAUGAUUCAUACCACGUUGAGCAAAGUACCGCAAGACAUGCCCAUUGAACAUUUGAUCCAGUGGGCGAUAAAGUUGGAAACCGCAUAUCCGCCAAAGUCACUGCAGCGGGAAAGCGGGAUUGGCCUUGAUCAAGUAUCAGCUAUCAAUACCUAUGAGGAUCUCUGGAUCAUGGAGGACGAGGUGGAAGCAUCACGAGAACAAGCAUGCAACAUUAUUGCCAUGUUACCAGAAGAGCGACUUCCUAUGGAUACCAGCGGCAUGCAUGAUAGCAGUGCUCAGAAAAUAUUGGGUCGAUUACGAGCGAUUUACCACCGCGAUACAGCCAUGUGGUCAGUGUUACUACUAAGUACGGGCGUAGUGGCGCUUGCAAUUAUCACUUCCAACACCGAUGCCAUACGAGAAUGGUGGAUGACAUUAGGCUCAGCAGGACAUUUCCCGUUGUUGUGA